GUAUUUUGUAUUUAUAUUUUGUAAGCAGUGACAAAGUCAACAGUCAACACUAAGUGCCAAUUGUUGGUGGAGCGCACAUAGCGUUUUUACAAAGCAAAUGCUUUGUGUUCACAUUCCCCGAGGUCAACCCCAGUGUCUAUGAUCAAAUUUUGGUCACAAUUUUGAUCAAACCAAUCCUGCAAUGGCCAGUGGAAUCCUCUCUUCCGUGCUCCGAUUGGCCGACAAGCUAUCGUCGUCCGUCCGGCGAUCGCUCGCCGGCGCGGCCUCCUCCUCCUCCUCCGACGCACCGCAUGUCGUCGAAGACGAUCUCAAGAAGCUCAAAUGCACCCUCGAGGCAAUCGAAUCGGUGCUUCGCGACGCCGAGAGGAGGGAGGUGCGCGAGGAGUCCGUCAAGCUCUGGCUGCGGGAGCUGAAGGGCGUCGCCUACGACGCCGAUGACGUUCUCGAUGAAUUCGAAUACGAGCUGCUCCGGUCGCGCCGCAGUUUCAGUCAUCCCCCGAGUAAGCCCGGGCGCAAGAGAAAGCAUGGUGAGGUGCAAGAGCUCGCAACUCUCCCCUCUCCUCUCGACGAUGCUUCUUUUCGACGUCGCAUGGUGCUCCAGAUCAAGGAGAUCAAUCGGCGGCUCGAUGCCAUCGCGAGGGACCGCACCAGGCUCCGGUUAACGGAAGCAGACGGGCCUCGUCGGGCGGAGAAAGCCGCAUGGGUCUCGACGAGCUCCCAUGCGCAGCCGUCGGAGAUAUACGGCAGAGAGGACGAAAGAAAGAAGUUGGUCGAUUUAUUACUCUCCGCCGACUACGGCGGAAGCAAUGUCUCGGUUGUUUCGAUAGUCGGCAUGGCCGGGGUCGGCAAGUCCACCUUAGCUCAACUUGUGUGCAGUGAUCAAAGAGUCUCUCAGCAUUUUGAUGUGAAGGGAUGGGUAGGAGUGCAUGAGAAUUUUGAUGCAAAAAGGUUACUGCACGAGAUUAUCUUCUCAGUUACAAAGAGCCUGUGUGAUCUUAACGAAAUUGGCGCGUUGGCAGAGCAUUUGAAGGAGAGGUUGCAGGGAAAGAGAUUCUUGCUUGUGCUAGAUGAUGUUUGGAAUGAGGAGCAAGUGUUGUGGGAGAGACUCAGAUUGGCGUUAUCGUCGGGCGCCGCAGGGAGCAGAGUUCUGGUGACCACCAGGAUCGAACCAGUCGCUCGAAUCAUGCAGUCGGCCGCGGCGAUCGAGCUGAACUGCUUGUCGGACAAUGACUGCCGGUCGUUGUUCGAAAGAUGGGCGUUCGACGGCCGCGAUCCGAAAGCAAACCCGCGCUUGGUUGAGAUCGGCAGGAACAUCUCAUUGAAGUGCAGAGGCUUGCCUUUGGCGGCGAGGGUGAUGGGCGGGCUUUUACGAUACGAGACCGACGAGGAGAGUUGGAUCGAUCUCUUGCAGAGCGAUGUUUGGGAUCUCGACGAGACCGGGAAUGCGAUCCUGCCGGCCUUAAAGCUAAGCUACCAGCACCUGCCGGUGCACUUAAAGCGGUGUUUCGUUCACUGCGUGGUGUUUCCGAAGGGGUUCGUGUUCAAGAAGGACCCUUUAGUUAGGCAAUGGAUGGUUCAGGGAUUCAUUCAAGCAGCUGAAGACGACGACGACAAAGCGCCGGAGGAUGUCGCGAGCGAGUACUUCGAUGAGUUGGUGUCGAGGUCAUUCUUUCAAUACUCACUGCUAGAAUUUGGCGAAGAAGAGAAGUUUCUGAUGCACGAUCUCCUUCACGAUUUGGCGCGGUACAUUUCCGGGGAAGAGUGUGUUGUGACGGAGAAUUCCGAUCUCUGUGAUCUCUCCGCAGAAACUCGGCACCUAUCUCUAACUCCCUACGGUUCGAACGUGAAAAUGGAGUUCAAAUCGGCGGCGAAAGAAGUUCCUCUGCGUUCGCUGCAGCUCAUUUACACAGUUCCAUACUUUUACGGAGGAGCUGCAAUGUUGGACUUCAAUCUAGCUCAAAUUAAGCUUCCCACCGAUUUCUUCUCGAAAUUUUUAUGCUUAAGAACGCUGGAUUUGGCCUACACUGCAAUAGAGGAACUCCCAGAGUCAGUGAGCAAUUUGAAGCACCUCAGAUACCUCAGUCUCAGAAACACUAAGAUCCGCAAACUCCCCGAAUCUGUUUGUAAAUUGUGGUACCUCCAAACACUCGAUCUCGAAAACUGCAGCGAUCUUUGCGAGCUACCGAGCGGAAUCGGCGAGCUCGCCGAUCUCCGCCAUUUGUUGUUACCAUCAAUAGAUCAAUCCUUUGUUUGUAUUCCAUCUGGGAUAAUGAGUCUGACCAAUCUGCAAGAGUUAUCAGCAAUCAAUGUAGGCGGAGACGGCGCGCAUUGUGGCAUUGGUGAGCUCAAGAACAUGAAGGAUCUCCGCGGAGACCUCUACAUUUCCGGGCUCAGGAAUGUAGCUCGUGGUGGGGACGCGAAACAAGCCAAUUUGGAAUCGAAAAGCAAUAUUCAGAGACUGACGCUGGAUUGGUACGCUCACCAAUCGGAUCGCAAAUGUAGUCAUUCGAAGUUGAGUUCGGACCGUGGAUACUACGACACGAAGGCGAUCACCGCACCGUGCGAAUUCUUCGAAGAUGAGAGUGUAGUUCUCGAGAAUUUGAGACCUAAUGCUGAUGUUGUUGUACUUCACAUCCGGAAUUACGGUGGAAAACAAUUUUCAAACUGGCUGGGUGAUCCAUCCUUCUCCAGUCUCCAGACACUUCAGCUUUACAUGUGCGAGAAGUGCGAGUAUUUGCCGCAGCUUGGCGAUUUGCCGUGUUUGAAGAAUCUGUAUGUGAGAGGCAUGCCAAGUGUUCGGCGAAUUGGCCCAGAGAUUUGCAGUGGCGUUAAAAAGUUCGCGGCAUUGGAGAAGCUGGAGUUCGAGUGGAUGCCGGAGUGGGAGGAGUGGAUUGGUGUCGGAGAAAGCGCCUUUCCCCGGCUUGACGAGUUAGCACUACUGGGCUGCCCGAAACUGAAGCAUUUCCCCGUGACAAUCGCUCCGUCGCUAGAAAAGCUGAGAUUGCGAGAUUGCCACCAAGUCGCGGCCUUUCCGGCUCCACAUUCUCUAACUAGUCUUUCUAUAGCAGGCGCAUGUCAGGAAACGAUUUGGUCAUGUAUUCUGAAUCUCCCAUUACUCGAGGAAAUGGAAGUUGUAUGUUGCGAGGGACUAACCGCGCUUCCGCUGUUCAAUAUGCCCGCUCUGAAGACGCUGGCGAUCGAAGGGUGUUCGCAGCUUGUGAGUAUAGAUUGUGGAGGAUGCGCACCGAAUGUUUGUGAUGUUGCAUCUUCGUCGACUUCUUCGGCAGGGACGCUAGUUGGGUUGCACAAUUUGGUGUCUCUCGAGGUGCUGAAGAUUGAGGACUGCCCCAUGGUGCGGUUUGCGGAAGAUGAGAGGCUUCCGCCGAAGCUGAAGGAGUUGGAUAUUUCAUGUUGCCCGGCGCUGAUGGAGUGGUGCCUUGGACCGAAAGGAAGUGCACAGUUGGCUGCAGUACCAGAGGUCAUUGUCGAUGAUUAUGAUCAGGAUCUGGUGAAUGAAAUUGUCAUGGAUACAAUGAACGAAGAGAGCGAUACAAUGAAUGAAGAGAGUGAAGAUGGAAUGGAAGAUGAUUAAGCAAACUUCCUUGUGCGCUAUGCAAGGUCGAGGUACAAGCCUACUCAUGUUCCAGUAUCAAGAACCUCACUUUUUGGUCUCUUUCUCCACUUCUAGCUAGCUAUGCUGUGCAGAUACUGACGGAAUUUAAAUUCGAAAUGAAGUUAUUAGCACUGUUACACCAGUUCCUGUUUGGCGCAAUUAGAAUUUCAGCAGAAAUGCUUGUCAUGUAAAGAUCUUGAAGAAUCGUCGUCGAGAUACCUGUAAACAAAUUCGAUACAGGAUUAUGCUAAACUUAGAAGCAAAAGCUCGAUGCUAGAGCUCUUAAUCUUUGAAGCCCAGAAGCUUAUUUCAGCUACUGUUGCUCCUGUUAGAGUCUCUACACUUUCUCAUGAUGUAAAUGAAUUAUUAUCAUAUUUAGAGGUCAAUGUACAAUCGCAAUACGAAUGGAAUAGUUUUUCGGUA